UCUACUGGAGACAGACCUGACAAAGGGGAACUGUAGUGUGAUCAUCAACGACAUCAGAGAGAAUGAUGCUGGACAGUAUCAAUACAGAAUGAUAGGAGGACCAUAUACAUACCCACAGAAAAUGAAAAUCAAAGUGACAGAUCUGACCCAGAAGCCCUCAGUGUUGACUCCUUCUCUGACAGAGGGAGAACCAGCUUCUCUGACCUGCACCGCCCCGGGGAUCUGCUCUGGAACUCCUCCUAACAUCACAUGGACAUGGAGAGGGACAGGAGACAACAUCACUGAGCUCAGAGACAACACCACUAUACAAAAGAGAGAGGAUUUGACCAGCGUCACAACAACCCACUUCUCAACUUUGACCUUUAUCCCCUCAGCUAACGAUCACAGCACCGAGGUCACAUGUCUGGUGACCUUCAAUGGCAGUGUCACCACUAAGAAGACACUGAAAUUGAAUGUGACAUUUGUGAAGGAACCCAAGAUCUCUGGAUGUAACACAGUGAGAGAGGGUGAUACCCUGAAUCUGACCUGCAGUGUUGACAGCUACCCACCAUCAUCUAACUUCAACUGGAGUAAGAAUGGGACAACAGCUUUGGAACAGAAUAACUCUGGACUGGCCGCUCUCACCAUCUCUAACUUGACAAGAGAACAUGCAGGGGAGUAUACCAUCCAGUGA